UAGACUCGGAAUUUAAAAGUUCGUUUCGAAGUGUUUCACUAAACAGCGGUUAUCGACGACAGUGAAUCGACGCCAGCUUGUCGGUUGGCAGCAGCGGAACCGGAUACAGCGAGAUCCUCUUUAAGCAAUCCGACUAACGAUCGAUCGAAAUUUCCGCAGCCCACGAUUGCCGAGAGAGUGCAGGAAAUCGAAGAAAUCGAAUUAAGGUAAGAUAGGCAGCGGGGUUUCCUUCGUCCGAGGGAUGAAUCUGGCCUCAACGGAUAUAUAAGGCCGUCAUCGUACAGUGCUCAGUGUCAUUCGUCUGGUUUUAUCAAUUCCAGCAGCCUCGGCUCGAUCAGCAACCGGCAGCAACCCAGUCAUGAAUACUUCAACUCGUAUUUUGCUAGUGCUGUUCCUGUCUUAUGCUAUGACGUUCAUGCUCGUUGCAGGAAGCGUUCCCUUCGACCGAGCCAUAGGGGUAUGCAUCAGAAAUUGCGCCCAGUGCAAGAAAAUGUUUGGCCCGUACUUCCUGGGGCAGAAGUGCGCCGAUUCUUGCGUCAAGUACAAAGGGAAGCUCAUCCCCGACUGCGAGGAUGAGGGCUCGAUUCAACCGUUUCUCCAAGCUCUCGACAGCGACUAUUAAAUUACUCGAAUACUCGUCAACGUGUCAACGCGUACGUGUGCCGAAAAUGCCGCCUAAAUUAGCAAACGGAAGUCUGACUUAUGUAGAAUUAAAAGAGCAUUUGACAUUCGAGGUAGUUGAAAAUUUAUACUUUUGUAAUAUUUUUGUAACGACGCAUUUUACGUUGAUCUCCGUUUCCCCGUCGAAUUGUUUCGCACGUUAUGAUUGAACAGAAUCGAAUGAAACGGAGAAUGUCGGAGAUUCAUUAAUUCAACAAGAAUUACAGUACCGUAGUAUUGAUCAAAGUACAAGUUAUGUAGAUAGUGUAUGUUUCUGUUGAGUACAGAAUACCUCAACUCUUUUACUUUUGUAAUCGAUCCUUCAUCUAUACUCAGGGAAGCGUAUACGCAAAGGUGUGAAAAGUCGGAAAAAUCCGAUCUCGUAUCUUACUGUGAGUAUUAUAUGUAUGUAUAUGUAUUGCACGACAUCUACCAAAAAUUUGGAAUUAUUCCUCUGUCAAUUUUUUUUCUGAAUUGCUAAUAACUCUCAAAAAUUAAUCGUACAUUUUGAGCUUUUAAAAAGCUUUUGAAAUCUUUUCUCAAAUACGUAGUAGUUCCAAAUUUUUUGCUGGUAGUGACUGUCUAUCGUUAUUCAGAGUAUUGAACGUAAAGUAUUAUUAACAAUAAUAAAUAUCAAGUAAAGAAAAGAUAUUUGUCUUUUAUAUGAUGUUUGUGAAAACGAAAAUUUUCCCUCACAUCUAGUCUUAUCGAAGAUACUAUAACAGAAUAACUUCAGAAGUCGAGUUAUUUGCUUUUAAUAUAAAAUUUAAGAGAAAGAUACACACUUUGACGUCAUCCACGUCGAUACGACUUGUAGCAGAGGAAAGAGAAAUUAGACAACGCAUGUGAAACUGAAUAUUUCCUCGCUGUUCAGUAAAUAAAAUGCACAAUAAUGUUACGAA